GAAACCCGGAGCACGUAGCAACAACUGAGCCAAUGUGCUCUACCGCGAUCCGUCCUACCAACUGCGGUGCCUGGCAACAGAAAAAGACGUGAUGACGUCCACUCCAGAUUGCGUAUUAUGGGAUGUGCGGAAUUAAACAACCCGGACAAGACACGGGGAAGCCAAAAAUAAUAAAAGAGACAGAAAUAAACGAGGUGCAUGGUCAAUCAUGGAGCUCUCGGCUGUUGGUGAGAGCGUCUUCGCAGCCGAGUCCAUCAUUAAACGGCGGAUCAGACGGGGUCGCUGGGAAUAUCUCGUGAAAUGGAAGGGCUGGUCUCAGAAGUACAGUACUUGGGAGCCGGAGGAAAACAUUCUGGAUGCACGUCUCUUCGCUGCCUUCGAGGAGAGGGAGCGCGAAAGGGAGCUUUUUGGGCCGAAAAAGAGGGGACCCAAACCCGAGACAUUUCUCUUGAAGGCCAAAGCCAAAGAAAGGACGUGUGAAUUUAGAAGAGAGGCUCCCAGAGGGAUCCAGGUUUCCUAUCCAGUCCCGGAGCAUGUCAUAACACCGAGGGCCCGGGAGGGUUUACGCGCCGUGGUUCCCACAAUCUUCCCACCGAGCGCGGUCAACAGAGGGGAAAGUGUCCACGUCCGACCACCGGAGCCAGAGAGGAGGCCCAGGCCGACUCCACCAGCUGCUCUGACAGUCCAAGAAUCCUUCCGGUUCCCCAAAAAACGAGGGCGCAAACCGAAGCUGCAUUCACAUUAUAAUCAAGAUGAAAGGGGCAGCUCAGCAGAGCCGGACACCAAGCGGAGCAGGCUACCGGAGGAGCCGGUGUCAUACGGUUUGUCCAAAAUGCCCCGACGCUUGCAUCAUCACGGAGGGACAUCAGAUCACAGCCUCGUCCAGCUGACAAAGAGGUUUCAGGAGAAGACCACGAUAACACCCAAAUCCAGCAGCGAGCAGAGACACGCAGGGUUGUCUUACAGCUGCGCAUUCAGUCCAGAUGUGCGUGAUCAGGGGGGACACAGGACUAGUUGUUUGACCAGGAUGUCUCCUCAGCCCAGAAAGAUGAAGCUCUCUGCAGAACAGCGCAGACACCAGGUGAAGGAGUGCUGUCUGCCCCGGGAACAACCUGCUGUCAUCUCCACACAGUCCGAGUCCAUCCACGAUUCGUCCACGCGACCAGCCUCGUCCUGGACCCCCUGUUUCACCAACGUGGACUCUGUGACCGUGACAGAUGUCACCAUGAACUUCUUGACAGUCACCGUGAGAGAGAGCAGCACAGACAAAGGCUUUUUCAGAGAGAAAAGAUGAGUAUGCGCUUUGGAUAUAAGUCAGCGAAAGCUAAUAUAUGUAUAACAAGCUACUAACUAACACGCCUACUGUAAUACUAUAUUUUUCUAUGUAACUUUCAAACGUGUAUAUACAAAUAUUUAAAACGCUGCUGGGCAAAUUAAAAAUGAAACACAUGA